GAAGAGGUAAGCUAUUUUCCUUCUCACUUAUCCUUCUUCUACUGAAAAUUUAUAACAUAAUAUAAACCACAAAUACAUUUUUGUGUAAUCCUUGUAGCUCAUUGCUAAUCUCUGAUUCUCCAGAAAUUUUGCUGAGUCCUCUGUUCGAUUACACUUCAAUUAUUUUUUAUCUGCGCUGUAUCUCUGUUAAUGGGUUUCAUUAAGUUUUGAUUCUCAGUUGUUAUAUGAUUUCGAAUUUCAUUAUAUCCUGAAAAGCUUUUAUCUUUAUGUAUAUUCCAAGUAUUGAAUCUCAAAGUUUCUAGUCAUUUCAAUUUCAAUAGGUCUUUGAAUCAACAACAGUUCCAUGUUGUGCCCAACGUAUACACCAAGUGUUUACCAUUUUCAAACGCAAAAGCCAGUUUUCCGGAAACAGAGGUUUCGGGUUUGUUCAUCUACUUCUGGUGGUGAGGAUGAUAGAUUCAAAGUAGAGUACACUCCUUGGCUUAUCGUUGGGUUGGGCAAUCCAGGAAACAAGUAUCAUGGAACAAGACACAAUGUUGGUUUCGAGAUGAUCGAUGUGUUGGCUAGAAAAGAAGGGGUGUUGAUGAACACUAUACAGUCCAAAGCUCUAAUCGGAAUAGGUGCUAUUGAAGAUGUACCUAUCUUGUUGGCUAAACCUCAGACUUAUAUGAACUUCAGCGGCGAAUCGGUUGGAUCUCUAGCUUCACACUAUCGAGUACCAUUGCGCCACAUUUUAAUGAUUUACGAUGAGAUGGCUUUACCAAAUGGGGUUUUGAGACUUCAACCGAAAGGAGGUCAAGGCUAUCACAACGGAGUGAAGAGUGUAAUGGGGCAUUUGGAUGGUCGUCGAAACUUUCCUCGUUUAAGCAUAGGCAUUGGUAAACCACCUGGAAACAUGGAUAUGAAAGCUUUUCUUCUUCAGAAGUUUAGUCCAUUGGAACAGAAACAGAUCGAGGAAGCACUCGAGCAAGGAAGUGAAGCAGUGAAGACUCUUGUGCUUAAUGGCUUCAAUCAAGGAAUUUCGAGAUUUAAUCUUGUGCAGAAAUAUAAAUUCCAUAAAGUAUAGACUCCGAUUUGCAAUAAAAGCAACCAUGUAGAGAUUGGUUUAGCACUUUCAUUUUAUCGUCUCAAGAGACACUCUUUCGUUACGAAGUGUAUGAAGUUUCUUAGAUUAAUAUAAUUCAGUCUCGAGAAACUAUCCCAA